AUGAGCGACGAUAUGGAUAUCGACGCAACCGCGGUAGCGGACGAGCGCCCUUCCCCUCCUGCAUCUCCAGAUGGGAAUGAUGACGCCGACGAGCUACCUGUAGCGACCCUGGAGGCCAUGAAGCUGGCCGUUGCAAAGGCCCCGGAUGGGGACGAGAUCACCGGAAUGCUCAAGACUCUUCUCACAGAUUACCUCACUCGUGUGCCAUUUCUGCAGCAGCAAAUCGAGGACCAACAGGCGACCAUUGCGGAGCUGCAGCGAAAGUCGGAGCUGGAGAAGGCCUUGGUUAACAUUGAUCGCAACCGCUUUGUCUCUGAACGUGCAAGUUGGCAGGCACAGACCGACGCUCUGAUCCGAACACGAGAGGCCGAGGCUGCCGCUGGCUCCAGGCCGAAGGGAAUUUUGGACCUGGACGUCAACUAUCAUCGUGACCUCGAAGCAGCUAACAAGCGCUUGGAAAUGGACAACCGCCUGAUGGCACCUCGAUUGGUGGACACACAACAGCAAAUCGAAAAGCUCGUCAACGAGCUCCGUGUUCUGCGCACACACGUCAUCCUCCAAACUGGUCCGUUCACUGAGGAGGAAGGCAAGGACUACGACGAGGCUACUGCCGGGACGAGCACAGCGGUACAGCGGACGCCCGCACAGCCGAAGCCCAAGCAUAUGAGCAAGACCGUCAUGGGCGACGCUCGCGCCGAACACUUGCUCCUUGCGGCCAAGAAGGUCCGUUCCAUGCGACAGCAGGACAAGAACGUUGGGCUCUUGACGCUGGAAGAGCUCCAGCGCAAGGGUGUGGUCGGGCCAGAUGGUGGGUUGAGCUACUCGGAAGGAUACGGCGGCUUGCCAGAGGAAGAUGAGCUUCUGCCUAGUGAAGACGAAGACAGGAAGCCUUCGACCUCCACUGCGACACCCGCGUACCACCGCGCUAGCUCGACGGCCAAGUCAACCGGAACGCCCCUUCUCCCGCGUCCGAAGAAGGCCAAGCGGAACGCCCCCACCACUCCGUCUCGAGCACGUACCAACCAGCAGGCGCCGCAGACGACCCCAGGUGGGAGCAACUUUAAUGACCUGUUGCUUGCUGCUGAGAUGGCUACCCGUCCACCGACCCCAAGCCGCAGUGUGCCCAACAACAUGUCGAGCGCGCGCACAACCACGUCGCUUUGGGAGGCGACCGCCAUGCAGAGCCCCACCAAGAAGCCACGACGACAGCCACCAGCGACGGUAGAGUGGUCGACUCGGCGGCAUGUCAGCAAAGAAGGCGACGGGUCACCCAAUCGGGGCGAUGGCGGAUCGGCACUCGAUCUCCUCGCGCAGGCGAGCCAGGACGUCGCGCAGGGCUCAUCAGGCGGAGGCUUGGCGUCCGCUGCGCGGCUGGGCGGUGCGAUGGAGGGCGACAGUUCCCGACAGGGAUACCGCGCGCAGGGCACCCGGAGCGAGACUCCGCUCGGCCCAGCGAUCAAUCUGGACAGCCGCGGCACACCGUCUCACUUUCCACCUGGUCCUGACAAUCCGUUUGUCGGCAGUCCGAAUGCGUUCCAGAGUCCGACUGGCGCGGCUGUUCCCGGUCUCGGCAAGUAUGUGCACCUGUCGAGCACAGUGCCAGCACGGCGUGUUCGGUCGCCAUACUUGAAGUGGACCAAGGAGGAGGACGAGCUGCUCACACGCGCGGUCAUGGAGCACGGCGAGAAGUGGGACCUGGUCAGCAAAUGCGUGCCGACUCGGAGCUACCAUCAGGUUCGGCAACGGUGGCUUCGGAAGACGGGUGCGUUCGACAAGAAGCCAGCGACGACCGAUCCAUCUCCGUUGAGUGCGGGUGUGGCUGGCGAGCAAAGCAGUCCGACGCCGAGGGGCCGGAAGCGGAAAGAGUAG